UAUUUUUCUAGUUGUUUGUUAUAAUAUAGCAGAAAAACCACAAUUCAAGACCAUUGUCUUCAAUAGAUCUGACUGCUUUUGGCUAUCACAAAUUGAUAAGGCUGAAAAUGAAACAGGUGAGAAUGUGAUGCAUUAAAUGCACAAGCUCUGUGAUAUGGAGCUUAUUUAAGUGAAUGUAUUCAUUGCAUUAUUAUAUACAGUACUGAAUAACUGAAUUAAUGUACUCAUAUUACACAUGAAUUCAAGUUGUUCCUAACAUGUCAGCAGAGGCAGUUAAGCAGAGGUAGGUUUAAGACGGAGCGUUUGCAUUUUGUAAGCAGUUUGCCACACAACUAAAUAGGUAAAAGCUAGAGCAAGGUGUGCUUUUAAAAACCCUUCAAUUUAUACUGAAUACUAAAUUGAGGUUAAAGGUAGCAGCAAGGUACCAGGCUUUGCCAAGCUGUGCCCACUAGAUGUAAAAACAAAAAACAACUUUCAGCAAUGUUUUCAAACUUGCCUUAUGUGAAAAAAUGUGGUGUGUUUUUUUUUUUAUUAGGUUGUUCUGAAAGGGUUUCCUGUACAAGGAAGAGAGGACCUGUACAAUGACAUGUUAAUGUUGCUAUAUUGCAAAUAAGCAAGCUCAGGCUUUAUUGGGAUUUAUACCCUAUCUUUCAAUAAAUUAUCAGGGCGCUGGCUUACAAUAAAUGUUAUUAGCAUGGGUUGUGGAGGGAGGAGAGCUGAGGCUGAGAGAGUGGCUUGCAACAAUCUCCUAGCAUGAUGUCACCCAUUAUUAAUAAUCCAUCCUGCCGAUGUGAUGGUGGCAUGCUGCGAGAGACAGUGGUUUAUAUGACAACCCUCUAAUGAAGUCCACUUUUAGCAUCUCCAUAUUGCAGACUGCGUGAGAAUUUUAACCAAGUGUGGGUCACGAUCUCCACCUAUCUGAUGGGGGACUGAGUGAGAACGACCUGGCAGCGGUCUUUGUUGUUGAAACAUGACUCAGAUCCCGGUCUCAACUGCUCUAUUACACAGUAAAGACAUUCUACGUAGAUAACGGCGAUGGCAAAGGAGAAGAGACACUGUCAAUUAACUGAGCACUUUAAAGGGAAAGUUCACAGUUAAUUGACUGCCUGAAUAUUAUUUCCCUAAAAGGCUUUAAAGCUAAGCUGGCCUCCGGACUCGUUCUUCCCCCGGCUCUCUCCUUCCCUGUUGCUGGCUCCCGUUUUCCAGCCCUGCCAGCAAACAAUAUAUAACAACCUCGUUUAAUGAACUGGUUAUGUCAACCACACGCUUAGGUGGGGACGAGGCAGCAUACUGUUACGAAUAAAAAGCUUGCAUCGGGUUGUUAUAGCUAAGAAAAACCUAGCUGAGCUGUCCAUUCCCUCGUUCACAUAGGCGCAAAAUAAUACCAGGCGCAUUUGUGCUUGUUUACCCGCAGUGUAAAACCGAAAUCGAACUGAGGACUAGGGGAAGGGUGCUCCUCUUUCGGUUUUUAUCUCUAUGAAGCUAAGUCGUCCGAGGCUUCCGUCGCUGCCCCAAACUAAGAUGGCAGCGGAAGCGCUCGAAGUUCUACUAAGGAGCUAAGGAAAGACCAUCACUCAGCGAAUUUGAGCGCCUGGUCACAUGACUCCAGUGUAGGGAAAUCGCCUAUUCCACCUGCUUCAGCAGAUUCGACUGUCCCGGGUUUUCUCGCUAGGUUAAGGAAAAGGCAAGUGUGGGAACUCAGCUUUAAAGAGAGAGGGGGAACCUUGAGAGACGUCGGUCGCGACUGCAAGGAGAGUCAUUAUCGCUGCUCUCGCCAAGCGCGUCGAAUCUGCUGCUUCGAAGGCGGAGCUUGGCUAGUGUGGCUAAAGAAAGAUGGCGUCGGUCUGGGAUGAAGCGGAGGUGAGGAGAUGGGGGGACGGACGGAUGAGGGCGCGGGGGGCGAAAGGGGACUCCGUGGUCUCGGUACUGUUCGGCGGCAGAAGUUCCCCCGGUCGGGCCGCCCCUCGGCUUCCCGGGAAGGGUCCUGGGUGGGUGAGGAGGGCCCGGGCCCGAAGAGACGCGCUGCUUCUGACCAUGACUCUGUGUUUCUGCCUAGGAUGGGAUCGGCGAGGAGGUCCUCAAGAUGUCCACGGAAGAGAUCGUGCAGAGGACCCGCCUGCUGGACAGCGAAAUCAAGGUGAGGUUGCGCUGGGCUGGCAGAGCCGGUGGCUCCAGGUUGCCAUUGUCCCUUUUCAGUCUUUUCUGUAUAGUUCCUGUAACCGAGACACACACCCGGCUCGCCCUUCCCCUUAAGGCUGUUCUCGUCGCCUAGCAUACCUGUUCUUCGGCCUGCCUUUCGAGGCAAAAUACCCAGUCACUUAAGUGUGACUUAAGUCCCGGCUGCACUAUACAUUUAAAGCAGCAUCAUAGCGCUUUAAACAGACAUGGCUUCCCCUGAAGAAUCCUGGGAAGUGUAGUUAACAGUCCUGAACAUUGUUAGGCCAUCCCUAUUUCCCUCACGGAACUACAAUUCAGAAUGGUCUAACAGUAAAUCUGUCUUCCCAGGGAGCUCUGAGACUUGUAGCUCUGUGAGAAGAAUUAGCUGAGAGUUGUUAGGAGACUGUUCCGUUUUCUUCUAGUAUGGCUAAAUUAUUUUUGCUGUUUCUUUUUUUCUCGGCAGAUUUGUUUCCUUUUAAUUUUUGUUUAGUUGUUCCUCUCUAGACUUGCAUGAACAUGCUUACGUUGACGCUUGUUUUUUGAAGUAAUGUCUUACUUGGAAUUUACAGAUCAUGAAGAGUGAGGUGCUGAGAGUAACCCAUGAGCUGCAAGCCAUGAAAGAUAAGAUCAAAGAGAACAGUGAGAAGAUAAAAGUAAACAAAACACUGCCAUAUCUUGUUUCCAAUGUCAUAGAGGUGAGUUUCUUAUGCCAAUAGUAAAAUGGAUGCUGCUAACAAUGAAUGUUUCUUAUUUGUGCACAUGAGACGAUCCUUUGGUGCUUUAGAAGAUGGCUUAAGAUGGUAGUGCUAAACUGGUUCUGCAAAGAGAACAGGGAUGGAGUCUGUGGAGAAAGCACUAUAACAACUUGGCCUGUUAAAAUAUGUAUGUUUGUUUUAAAACGCAUUAUUUCUAAUGUCAUUGCUGCAGAGUCCCUUUCAUAGUUUUCACUAGCUCAGUUUGAUUUCUUGAUGCAACUUCUUGGCUAAAGUGCUAAAUAAAUUUGUUAGGUAAACCCCACUGAAGACAAUGGAACUUAACUUCCAAGUAAAUAUGAAGACAGUUGUCUCUCUCCCUGUGCUUUAAUUUGCUAGUCUGAAAAAUAGAUAGUCAUAAAUGAAUCAACUGCAAAGAGGACCUAUAUUUCUUGGCAAAGGCAGCAAUCUGCAGUCUCCCUUUGCAUUUCUAAUGGGGACUACUUUUCAUUUUAAAACUUAGGGGAAAAUACUGAGACAACUUUUGGACACUUGUUGUUUAGUCGUUUAGUCGUGUCCGACUCUUCUUGACCCCAUGGACCAGAGCACGCCAGGCACUUCUGUUUAGUUAUUAGCUUAUGUUUUGCAGUGAACCAACCUGGGAGCUGUUUGGCUAAAGGGUGAUAUAAGUAAAUGCUUAAUAAAUUAAAUUGUGUCUUCCUAUAUUACACAAUAUUUCCUAGCUGUUGUGCAGUAGGCAAAACUACCUACUGACUUGUACCUGCUGAUUUCCCCUGCAAAGGAGUGAUGGACCAAGAUAAUUCUGGAGGCCUCAAAGACUCUUUAAUAGUUGCUGGAUAACUUAGUGCUUCUUUCCAUUGCUGUGUGUAAUUGUCAGCCAGGAUUAUGAUGUGAUUAAUUGUGGUAUGCUUGCAUUCCUGUUGGUCUCUUUCCACCUCUAGCUGCUAGAUGUUGAUCCCAAUGACCAAGAGGAGGAUGGAGCAAAUAUUGACCUUGAUUCUCAAAGGAAGGGCAAGUGUGCUGUGAUCAAGACCUCUACUCGUCAGGUGAGAACAGCUUGUUGAGAGUGCUGUCAUUUAUACACACAAAUAUGAAGCUACCUUACACCAUUUUAACUGGAGGUGUAAGGGAUUGAAUCUGGGAUUUUGUCCAUGCAAAAAAGUAUUAUUGUUUUAUUAUUUAUUAAAUUUGUUAGUCACUUUAUUUUGUUUAGAGCAACCCAAAGCAGCUUACAACCAACCAACCAAACGGAUCCAUUGAACCCAUUGAAAAUAGCUAUUGAAUUAUGCCCCCCCCUCCACAAAACACUAAAGAUCAUGGUAUAACGUCCCAAGAAAAGCUUACCUGGCAUAUCUUUUAAACCUGUUUUAUUUCAGCAGGCAUUUUUAAGCUAGGGCUUUUUUUAGGUUUUAAGAGUGUAUUUUAGAUUUAUUUGUUGUGCUGAGCAUUUGGAGAACUGAUGGCACCUAGGUCAAAUCCAAAUGUUAAUACUUUGUUGCAUUUUCUUCAACAGACUUAUUUCCUGCCUGUGAUUGGGUUGGUUGAUGCUGAAAAACUGAAGCCUGGAGAUCUUGUGGUGAGUAGGUCCUGCUCUGCGCAGCCAUAAGCAGCCAUAAAUACAUACCUGGUUUGUUUUUCAUGAUAUACUGUUGAGGGUAAAGGUAAAGGCACCCCUGACCAUUAGGUCCAGUCGUGGCCGACUCUGGGGUUGCGGCACUCAUCUCGCUUUAUUGGCUGAGGGAGCCGGCGUACAGCUUCCGGGUCAUGUGGCCAGCAUGACUAAGCCGCUUCUGGCGAACCAGAGCAGUGCAUGGAAACGCCAUUUACCUUCCCGCCAGAGCAGUACCUAUUUAUCUACUUGCACUUUUAUGUGCUCUUGAACUGCUAGGUUGGCAGGAGCAGGGACCGAGCAAUGGGAGCUCACCCCGUCGUGGGGAUUCUGAUCGGCAAGUCCUAGGCUCUGUGGUUUAACCCACAGCGCUGGAUAGUUUACCAUAAAUGAGGUAUCCCUAAUUGUCUUGAGAAUUAUUAUGACAUUUUAGUAAACUGCCACCCCAGGCAAUAUUUCUUAGCUGUUUGAUUUAGUAGACUUCCCUUUUAAUGCAGCUGAGGUAUGUGUGAAUGCUGUACAGCAGAGGUGGCUAACCCAGAAGUGGCCCUCCAAGAGUUUUUGUAGCUUAUCAAGACCCCCACCUCCCCCCAAAAAGAGUAUUCUGUUUAAAGAAAUAUUGGAUACUUAUGAACACUGAGAUUCACUUCACAAAAGUACUGCUUGGUGUCUUAUUACGGGGUUCUUGUUUACUCCUCUGAUGCUGAAUCUUGGUGCAUACAAGAAUUAGUUUUCUUAUGCCACAGACUAGUGGUUAUAACAUGACUUAUGAUGACAAAUAUUCCUUUUCAUGAAUGUCUGUGGCUGUUCGCUUUUCGCAGUUUAGUAACUAUUUUCUGCUUUAAAAUAAAGACUAGUCUCUUGAUUGAUUUCAAAAUGGAGUUCAAAAUUAAACCAGUGCAACAGUGCUUGUUGGUUCAUCUAAUGCCCAGAAAUCGUAGCUCUAAUGUUUAAUUGGCAGAUUCUUGAUGGAUUUGCAACAAUAACACAAGAGAAUUUAAAAGGGGGGAGGGGCAGAGAGCAUGAACUGAGUAUGAAGAUGUUGGUUUUGGAGUAAAGAAGACUAAUUCCUGAAAUUAUAUCUGUAGGGAGUGAACAAGGACUCUUACCUGAUUCUGGAGACCCUGCCCACAGAAUAUGACUCACGAGUCAAAGCUAUGGAGGUGGACGAGAGGCCUACAGAGCAGUACAGUGAUAUUGGGGGACUGGAUAAACAGAUCCAAGAGGUGAGAACAAGAGGCUGUGGCCGGGGGUGGGGAGCAGUCUUUUAAGCUGUAAGCCUGCAAGCAGGGAUUGUCUUGUUUUUAAUAUGCCUACAGCAUUGGAUACAUUUUAGGUGUUUUUUAAAUAAUAAAUAAUACCUGUCCUGGAGUGUGGAUUAAUGGGCAGCAUGGUCCAUAGUAGGGAUUAAUCGUCUCUUUCUGUCUUGGCAGCUGGUAGAAGCUAUUGUCUUGCCAAUGAAUCAUAAAGAAAAAUUUGAAAACCUGGGUAUCCAGCCUCCUAAAGGGGUCCUCAUGUAUGGACCUCCAGGAACAGGAAAGACACUUUUAGCAAGAGCGUGUGCUGCACAGACAAAGGUAAGAUUUGAUGUUUAUUUCCCAAAGUCCAGGAACUGUCUUAGUAUUGGGUAGGGGUCUGUAUGGUGAUUCCACAGCAGUGUAGUCCAUGCUCCAAAUCCAAAUCCUUUCAUGCUGCAUUUGAUUUGAUGAUUUUAUUUCAAUAUUAGUUUUUUAAGUUGUUUUACUUUACGGAAGUGCAUACUGUUAGGAUGCAAAAUACUGUAUUUGCCUGGGAUACCACACUUGUGCAGAACCCACAAGCCUGCAUAUACUUUCCUUUUCUGCUACCCACUCUCUAGGCUACAUUCUUGAAGCUGGCUGGCCCACAGCUGGUGCAGAUGUUCAUUGGAGAUGGAGCCAAAUUAGUGCGAGAUGCCUUUGCAUUAGCCAAGGAGAAAGCACCUUCUAUCAUCUUUAUUGAUGAACUUGAUGCCAUUGGCACAAAAAGGUAAGAUCUUGGGACUGUAUAUGAUCUGGAAAUCAUGCCAGGCUUCUUUGUGAAACCAAAUAAGACUGUAAUGUACAAGUAUUGAUAGGAUCAUUCCUGAUUUCUGUAAGAAUAUAUGUUAGAUGAAAAGAUGACUACUGAACUUUUGUGGUCCUAAUUGAGAUCCAUGGUAGCUGUUGAAAAACCACCCUCCUUAUAGGCUAGCUCCUUUUACAGGCAACAGCAGAUUUGCAUGGGGUUUCGGUUCCUGACCCCUGUGUGCAUCGGCAGAGCGUGCAUAAGUCCAUUUUGCCCCAUCAGGCCCCCUUUUCCAGCCACUUCUAGGUUGCUGCAUUCUUAGUCACACAUCAAUUGGUGGUUGCCUGUACAUCAACUACAGCUGUUUUUGGACAGGAAUAGUCUGGCCAUAGUGAUUCAUACAUUGCUAUAAUCAAGUCUUGAGGUUACCAAUGUGCUCUGAAUGGGGCUACCCUUGGGCCUGGUCUGGAAGCGCCAGCGGGGGCUAGACUGUUCAUGGGGACAGACUUCCACCAGCACAGAAGUCUGGUGUUCAAAAGCUUGCAUUGGCUGCCUGUAAACUACGAGGUCAAGCUCAAGGUUCUUGUAUCAACCUACAAGGGCCUUAGCAACUUGGAUCCAGGAGACCUCAAGAACUGCCUAGUAUCUCUGUCCCAUCAAUGAAGUCUUUGGGGUAGUCACUGUUAGUGCUUCCCCAUGGCUCAGAUGCACAACUUGUAUCCACCAGGAGCCAUGUGUUUCGCAUUUUGGGCCCAGUUUUGUGGAACUUCUUUCCAUUUGAGGUCAGACAGGUCCCCUCCCUGUUGAACUUCCAGCACCUACUGAUGAUUGUUGUUACAGCAGGCAUUUUAAUUGAAGUCAGAUGGAAUUGUCCUAAAUCAUACCACUGUUUCCUAUGUCAGCAGCAUAGACCCAAUCACCUAUCUUCAUUAGCCCAUUGAUAAUGGCCCAUUAACACUGGCACAAUAACUAAUCGUAUGUUUACAUGACACAUGCAAAAUCCAUGCUUCUGAAGGUUCAAAUGGUGGUUGUGCUACCAGACCAUAGGGGAGUCAUUUGCUUCACUGACUAUGAUGACAUUGCAGUAACAAUUAGAUUUGGCUUAUACUUGGAUGGUGAACAUGAAUAUAAGGUUUCUGCAAGGGAUAUGCUGUGUAACAAAAGUUGACUUUGUACCAUGAUUUCUUCCAGAUUUGACAGUGAAAAGGCUGGUGAUCGGGAAGUACAGAGGACCAUGUUGGAAUUGCUGAACCAGCUUGAUGGAUUCCAACCUAACACACAAGUCAAGGUAACUUUCCUUUGCUUGAGGGUACGAGGUGGGGGUGCUGCAAGCAGAGAUUACAGAGUGGCUUUCGAAGCCAUUUUGAUGAGAAAGAUGUUAAUAGGUUCACCUGCAUCUCAGAGCACUAAAAUCACUGUUCCUGGGUUCUCUCUUGUCCAGGUGAUUGCUGCGACUAACCGUGUGGAUAUCCUAGACCCUGCUCUACUCCGCUCAGGGCGUCUGGAUCGUAAGAUUGAGUUUCCAAUGCCCAAUGAGGAGGCUAGAGCCAGGAUUAUGCAGAUCCAUUCACGCAAGAUGAAUGUCAGGUAUUAAAAAGGAAUGAAGCCAGCUUGUGGAAAUGGCUGGGUUGCGGGCAAUAGUACUCUUCCUUUAUUCUCCAGGCCCUGUCAUAAGUAAACUAUAGAGUGUUCUUGUCUUGGAUUCAGUAGGAGCACAGGUUAUGCUAUUGGGCUUAAGAAUCUUGACUUUCUCAGAGCUCAGUUCUGAUCUUUAUGGCUGUAAACACAUGUUAGCGCUGGGUGGUACUUGCUGUAAUCUCAGAAAUCUAAGAGAUAGCCAAGCAAUAUUUCCAGUGAUCAAGUGGGGCUUUAGCACCCCUCAUUGCUUCUUUUCUUCCCCUAUGACUUGUCAAAUCAGAAUAAUUAAUUCAAAUUUAAAUACAGUAAGUGUGCUUAAUUUUAUACAGAGGGCAGGUUUUUUGCUUUUUGUGGUGCAGAAAUUAAUUUUUAUCACUGAAUAUGCACAGCCCUAGCUUUGACGUUGAAGCAUUCUCAGGAAGUUUUUAUGUGUCCUUUCCAGUUGAGCUCUUUUUUCCUAUUUAAUUUUUAAAACAUAAUUUAUUUCUCUGCAGCCCUGAUGUGAAUUAUGAAGAGCUGGCUCGUUGCACAGAUGACUUCAAUGGGGCACAGUGCAAGGCUGUGUGUGUGGAAGCGGUAAGUAGAUCUACCCCACCCCACCCCCAAUGCUGCUUCCUUUGAGAAACUGUCCUCAGCAGCUGAUGCUGAACUGGAGAGAGUGCCUUCAACACAAAAGAGUGGCAAUUUUCUGUGAUGCAUUAUUAGGUUUUUUUUCUGAGCCAUCCUUUUUCUCUUUGGAUCAGGGGAUGAUUGCCUUACGGCAUGGAGCUACAGAGCUUACCCAUGAAGAUUACAUGGAAGGAAUCUUGGAAGUCCAGGCCAAGAAGAAAGCUAAUCUACAAUAUUAUGCCUGAUUCUUGCACCUGAAGCUAAUUAUUCAGGCUUUGGCUGAGAAACCAGGAUCAAGAGUUGGAUCUGGAACUUUCUUACUUUCUAUUACCUGAUGGGCUAAAAUAAAGCAUUUGCUUUGACUAAGGCAGCUGUUAUGUUGCUACACCUUGAAGAAAAAGAAUUACCUUCGUGGAAUGGUACCCUUAUGCAUGUAUAAGGCAUAUGUCUUCCUUUUAACCCCUUAAAAACACCAAAAUUUGCACAAAGAACCCAAAUUUGUCAUUUGCUGUUUGUGUGAUUGAAUUCUUAAGCUUUUAAAAAAUUACUCCUUCACCACAGCAUUCCAGUUCCUGCUGAUGUAUGCUUACCCCCCCCCCCCAACAGAGCAUUUAAACUGAAGGCACAGGUAUACUAAAGUCCCCUAGAGGGUGCACCAAUCAACCUGCUUAUUCUCUGGAAGUAAUUUUUAUUUGAGGCAAAACUUGUCCCAUACACACAUUAGGCUUUGUGGACAGGAACAAGAUCAACAGCUGGGAUUACGAGGCCGGCUGCCAAAUAAGUGACAUUCCUGUCUCCCUGUAUCGUCAGCUGCAUGACAGGGUUUCUCCAGCAGCUGUGGUUGUGUAGAAAUGCAGAAAAUUAAUGUCAGUCUCUCUUAAUGAGAUCCAAAAGGCUGAGAAUCUCCAGCUUCUCACUGGACCCAAGCCUUUUAAUUUAAUGCCUCUUGAAACUUACAACUUCCAUUUAAAAAUCACACUUUCCAUGAAUACAUUGACUUUAGCACUGAGUUAUUAAUUACAUGCCACUUAAAAAUACAAUGUAAACAGCCCUCCAAAAAAGGCUUCUGUGUAGUCUUUUGAGGAGACAGAAAAGGAGUACAAUGAGGAAAGACCAGUUCCUCCCCUUCAGCACCAUUGUUGAUGUUCCUGAGUUAGGCCCAGCUCUCGUUGUUCACGUGCGUACUGAGUCCAUUUAAUAAAAAGUGCUUCCUUUUCUGUUAGAAGAGGAUGCUACC